CCCUGAUCGAAGUGGGCCCUGAAGACCUCCGCCCACUGCCGCGCGGGAAGAGUUGGCCCUCGCGUGCGCCCGGGGCUCCGGCGCCUGUCGCGGGUUGUCGAGCGCCGCACGAGCCGCGCGGACGGCCGGUGCACAUUGGCCCGCGCACGCGCGGCUCGGGGAAGUGCCACGCUCGUGGUGGGACGUGCAGGGUGCUGGCACCGCGGACUCCGCGAUCGGCGGCAGCGGCGGGGAGAGCAGCAGCAGCAAGGAGGAGCAGCGCGGAGGAGGGAGGGCGAGGGGCGGAGGGCAUGGGAGUUCCGGCGGCGGCCGCGCAGUGGCCCACUGCCUAUCCACGGGUGGGGGGGCGGGGAGGCCGCGCGCCAGAGGGGCGUGCAGGCGGCUAAUUCCGGGGCGGUGGCGAGGUGUGAAACGCCCUGGCCUAAGACAACGGCGCGGGGUGGGCCAGAGCCCAAGAUGGGGGCCAUGCCGCGGCAUUUUUGGCCUGGAGUCGGGGAGCUGACGUCGGCGGCCCCAGCCCAGGGUUGCCACAGGGCUGCGCCAGGGACAGGCCAGCACGAGGCCCCGAAGGGUCCGCGAGGCUGUCAGAUGGCUCGAAGCCAGGGGGCACCUGGGGCCAGCGACUUCUCGGCCAGCUCCAGAGAGGGAGGGGAUGGGAAGGGAAGACGCCCCGAAAUCUUGAUCGCCUCGAAUCUGUGGGGCGGCCCUCAUCCCAGCUCGGCGCGGCUGCUGGCGCCCUAGCAAAGCCCCUGGUGAAUUACCUGUCCGCGACCGUGCGUCUCCGGGAUUGGUAUCCACCCCGGCAGGCGCAAUGGGCUGGUCGCCACUACGUGCGCUGAGACAGAAGGAGAGCAGGACCAGGAGGAGCAGGAGGAGCAGAGGAGCGUGGCAAAGCAAAACCUUCUCCA